GGUUUCGAGCUCAGCGUCAGCAUCUCACCGGGAGACCUCCGGAGCUGCAGGCCGGCACACCAUGGGGCUCCCCGACCUGAGGCCCUGGGCCUCCCUGCUGCUGGCGGACUGGGCUCUGCUCCGGCUGCUCCAGGGCACCCUGGACGCUCUGCUCCCCGGGGGGCUUCUGGGCCAGUGGCUGGAGGGGACCCUGCGGCUUGGAGGGCUGUGGUGUCUGCUGAAGCUGGGGGGACUGCUGGCACCGGCGGGGACACUGCUGCCCGCGCUCUGCCUGGCGCCCCCUCUGUUCCUCUCCCUGAGGGCGCUGAGCCCAGGGGCCUUGAGCGCGCCCCCAGCCAGCGUGGCUGCAGCCCCGUGGAGCUGGCUGCUGGCGGGGUACGGGGCUGCGGCGCUCAGCUGGGCGGUGUGGGCAGUGCUCAGCCCCCCCGGAGCUCCGGAGAGGGAGCAGGGCCAGGGGAAAAGCCAAGCCCUGAUGUGGCGGCUGCUGAAGCUCUCUAGGCCGGACCUGCCCUUCCUCGCCGCUGCCUUCUUCUUCCUCGUGGUGGCCGUGCUGGGGGAGAUGUUAAUCCCGUAUUACUCUGGCCGUGUGAUCGACAUCCUGGGAGGCGAUUUUGACCCCGAAGCCUUCGCCAGCGCCAUCUUUUUCAUGUGUCUUUUCUCCUUUGGGAGCUCGCUGUCCGCAGGCUGCCGAGGAGGCUGCUUCCUCUUCACCAUGUCCAGGAUCAACUUGCGGAUCCGGGAGCAGCUCUUCUCCUCCCUUCUGCACCAGGACCUGAGUUUCUUCCAGGAGACUAAGACAGGGGAGCUGAACUCGCGGCUGAACUCGGACACCAAACUAAUGAGUUCCUGGCUUCCUCUUAAUGCCAACGUGCUCCUGCGGAGCCUGGUGAAAGUGGUGGGACUGUACAGCUUCAUGCUCAACCUGUCGCCUCGACUCACCCUCCUGUCUCUGUUCGAGGUGCCUCUCACCAUAGCUGCUGAAAAGGUGUACAAUGGCCGCCAUCAGGCGGUGCUUCUGGAGAUCCAGGACGCGGUGGCGCAGGCCGGGCAGGUGGUGCGGGAGGCAGUUGGAGGGCUGAAGACCGUGCGCAGUUUUGGGGCCGAGGAGCACGAGGCCUGUCGCUACGAGGAGGCCCUGGAACGGUGCCGGAAGCUGUGGUGGCAACGAGACCUGGAAAGGGCCCUCUAUCUGCUCUUCCGGAGGAUGCUGCACUUGGCGAUGCAGGUGCUGAUGCUGAACUGCGGGCUGCGGCAGAUCCUGGCCGGGGACCUCACGCGGGGCGGGCUGCUCUCCUUUCUGCUCUUCCAGGAGGACUUGGGCCACCACGUGCAGGUGCGUCAGCAGCCGCGCAUGCUCUCUCCGUCCCUCUGUUUUUCUCUCUGGCCUCUGGGCCUUGGGAUUUAUUGGUUCUCCUUAAAAACACAAGACAAAACUAAAUCCCAGCUGAUUGCGCGUUUCACGCUGCGCCCGGGCCAGAUGACGGCGCUGGUGGGGCCCAAUGGCUCUGGGAAGAGCACCGUGGCGGCCCUGCUGCAGAACCUGUACCAGCCCACGGCCGGGACGCUGCUGCUGGACGGGAAGCCCCUCGCCCAGUACGAGCACCGCUACCUGCACCGGCAGGUGGCUGUGGUCGGGCAGGAGCCGGUGCUGUUCUCGGGCUCCGUGAGGGACAACAUCGCGUACGGGCUGCAGCGCUGCAGCGAGGAGGAGGUGAUGGCGGCUGCCCGGGCGGCCCAGGCGGACGAAUUCAUAAAGGAAAUGGCGCACGGACUACAUACAGACGUAGGGGAGAAGGGGAACCUGCUGGCCGUGGGGCAGAAACAGCGUCUGGCCAUUGCCCGGGCCCUCGUGCGGGACCCUCGCGUGCUCAUCCUGGACGAGGCCACCAGCGCCCUGGACGUGCAGUGCGAACAGGCGCUGCAGGACUGGCGCUGCCGCAGGGACCGCACGGUGCUGGUGAUCGCUCACAGGCUGCAGACGGUGCAGCGCGCCGACCAGGUGCUGGUGCUGCGGCAGGGGCAGCUGCUGGAGCGCGAGCAGCUCCGGGCCGGCCAGGACCUCUAUUCCCGCCUGGCGCAGCAGCUGGAGGGCUGGGAGGGCUUGGAGGGCGUGGAGGGCUUGGAGGAUUUGGAGGACUGAGGCCCGGCACUGGCCCCCCAUGGCCGCCUUCGGAGGAGCAGCGCGCUCUGAGCCUCCUGGGCUGCACCUCCCGGCGGCCUCGGUGGCUUCGUGAUGCAGGUUUGGACCACGCGUGCCUUUGUUUGCUGAGCGGGCUGCUGUCUGUGCCCAGCGACCUUAUUUCCGCGAAGAGCAGCGCAGUGCCUGGUGCUGAGCCGUGUACUGUGCAGAAUAAAUGUAUUUUAAAAUACUUUUCUUGUGCUGUAAGCAGCACACACUCACAUGGAGAAGUAGGUCUGACCUCUGUUUCCCUUCCCAGAGGUGACCACAGCUACUUUUUUGCCGGCUAUCCUGCUGGUCUUUUAUCUGCUCUUUGAGAGCUACAGUAGCCAAAUGGACAUAGAUUUUCACGAGGUUGCCCCUCUGUAUCCUUCCCCAUUCCCACCAGCGUCUGAUGUUUUGGGAGCCAGGGUAGGGAGGGGCAGAGCUCAGUUCCAUAAUUAACAAUGUUAAUAAAAAAUUGAUGAUAA